UUCUCUUAUAUUUCCAUGAGAUCCUUCGUUAGAACUAGUACUACUAUAAAACCUCUUUUGUCUAUCCAAAUCCCCACAAUCUUCACUACAACUCUCAAUCAAAUUCAGAUUUUCUUUAAUUUUGAUAUUGAUGAUGAGUAGUAGUAGUAGUAGUAAAGGUAAAAUCCCAAAAAAUUAUAGUAGCAAAUUAGAUGAAGAUGGAAAUGAGGUGAGAAGAGGGCCAUGGACACUAGAGGAAGACAAUCUACUCAUUCAACACAUCACCUCUCAUGGCGAAGGCCAAUGGAAUUCCUUAUCCAAAUCUGCAGGGCUUAAACGAACAGGGAAAAGCUGCCGAUUAAGAUGGCUUAACUAUCUGAAACCAGACAUCAAAAGAGGAAACCUUAGCCCCCACGAGCAACUCUUGAUCCUCGAACUUCAUUCCAGAUGGGGAAAUAGGUGGUCGAAAAUAGCACAGCACUUGCCGGGAAGGACCGAUAACGAAAUAAAGAACUAUUGGAGGACGAGAGUGCAAAAGCAAGCCAGGCAGCUGAAGAUCGAUUCCAACAGCAAGAACUUUCUAGAAGCCGUCCGACUCUACUGGAUGCCCAGAUUGCUCGAGAAAAUGGAACAGAACGCCAAGUCGUCAUCAUCCUCGGAAACUCCGAAUAUCGCCAUCUCCGCCGCCGCGCCGCCGCCUUCACCGAUUCAAAUUAUUAGCCACCCCGCGCCGCCUAAUUCAGAGAUGGAAAUUGAAGAAAUUUCAAGGCUUUUGAGCUCGCCUGAAUCGUUUGAUGAAGAUUGCGGGUACAUUACAGGGUACGGAGUGGGGGAAUUGGAAUGCCACGCGGCGGAUGUUGAUUGGUUCGGGGAGGAGAUUGGAAUGAGCUCUUUUUGGAAUAGUGAUGAGUUGUGGCAGUUUAGGAGAUUAGAUUGAUAAUGACAUGUUGUUACUCUAAUACUGUUAGUUUUAGUGUACAAAAAUGGCUCUUGUUUUUGUCGUAGAGCCAAAAACUUAGUAGUCAUUAUAUAUACUCCAUGUGUAGAUCUUCUUUCUCUUAUUGCUAUAUAUUCUCUCCGUCCCAAUAAAUAUGAAACGUUUGUUUUUCAGCA